CAAUCAAAUCCUACUUUUACCCAUCACAUCAAAGGACAUUUUUGGAAAUUCAAUACCAAAAUACAUUCCCCUUAAAUCUCUUCAAAAUCAAAACAUCUCGUGUUUAAAGGGACGGAGGGAGUAAUAAACACUAUAUUUGAAAGUAAAUAUUUUGUUGAUUCAAAAUGAAUAUUCUAUUGAUUUAAAAUGAAUGUUUGCCGAAUGUACCCAACUUUACGUAUCACUGGUGUACACUAUACAUUAUCCUCCCCUAACGCCACACCAGCUUAUGCCUAUUUGGCCUUUGCAAACAACUUUUUCAAUUUGAAUUUGUGGGUUCAUUAUUUUACAACAGCAUAAACUAAAUUUGACAAGUCUAAAUCUAAAAGUUGCUUGAAUGGUCUUUUCAAAUAAAAUAGUAUUCCAGAUAAUUAUUCUCAAAACACAUUUUAUUUAAUUGAAGUCAUUAAAAUAAGAAUAAUUGCUAAUCAAGUCUCAAGAGAUACGGAAGCAUUGACUUACUAUGUUAUUAGGUUGAGAAAUUAUUAACAAAUACUAAUUUUAUUAUUCUUGUAUUUUAAUGACAUGCAGUGGCUUAAUGACCUAUUCUAAUGGACUAUUCAUUCUACGUCAUUAGGUCGAGAAUUUACUAAAUCUUUUUCUCAACCUAUUAUCAUUGUAUUCUAAUUGAGUUUAUGGUAAAUUGCUUAAAUGUUCUCUCAUAAUGAAGGAUUUUUUCAUGUAUGAUCUCUAAUUAUAAGAUAUUACGUUCAUAGUCCACGGUAUUUGAGGAGUAUUUCAUAUUCAGCCUUUCGGCUUAAAUGUUACUCUUUCCAUCCACCAUAAAUAUUUCCAAAUGUCAUUUUUGUUUUUCUGAGAAGAUAUUCACAUUACAUUUUUUGCAUUUAAAAUACCAUAAUUAGUCCACUUACUUUAUUUAUUACACUUUAUACACCACAUUCUAUAUGCUACAUCCAAUUUCAUUAAGAGUGUCCUCUUCAAAAGGCUUGCAUAUGUGCGAGAGCUUCUUGUCCAGAAGCUUGGCAGCCAUAACUCCUCCAUGGAAGUGGCUAUGCAGACUGUGUGUGAGGGCGGUAACCUUGUUCCGAGCAAGGUGUAUGAUUUGCUUAGGGUGAAGGCCAACCCCAAGCCUUGGAUGACUUUUAUUUGGCACUCGACUAUUCCUCCUAAAUGCUCCUUUACGAUGUGGCUAGUAUUUAGGAGGAGGCUGCCCACUAAAUCAAAUUUGGAGUUUCUGGGCCUGCCUAUGGAGUGUACCCUCUGUGGGGAUACCCUUGAGGACAUUGAUCAUUUGUUUUUUGGGUGUGUAAUCUCAAAGCAGGUUUGGGAGGCCAUUAAGCAGUGGUUACGGAUUGAUGGGCACCUGAGCACUCUUGAUAGAGCUGUUCGUUGGAUGAAGACCUUUCGAAGAGGUGAUGCUGUUCUUAAGAAGGCUAGGAGGAUUGGCCUGGCAUGUACUGUUUUCCAGAUUUGGAAACAACGAAAACGAUAUUUGAUCAAAUUGUCUCUUAGGCACUUUAUCAAACACAUGGUGGCAGACCUCAUCAUCAACAAAAAAAAUUUUACUCCAAAUCUUACAAGAGCUUAGAGACGUAAAAUGAAAAAAAAAACCACUCCGAUCCUUAAACAUAAGCUGAUGAAUUGUAAUCCUAAAAAAUGAUGACUCAUAGAUGUGGGUAGAGAAGUUGAUUUUGAAGAGGGGACAGAAAUUAAUUUUGGAGAACUAAGUUGAUGGACAAAAAAAAUACCUGUAACCCUAGCCGAUUUUGAAGAGGGCAGAGAAAUUGUGCUGCGCGCCCACUGUAUCAGAGGU